ACGAUGCUGGUUAUGGACCACUGGUUAGAGUCACGGAGGGCGAUGGUUCGUGGGCGGGCGAUUUUAUUCCAUGCAUUCGACAUGCUCGCGAAACAGGAGCCCAGCAGCGCAAUACAAUCUGUGUAUGGCGCCGGCGCAUGACGUGUCCCCGCGAACUGUAGGCAAGAUUGCUCUGAGCGUCGUGGCCAGGGCGCUUUUGCGAAGCAGGCAGGCAGCUCUCUGAGCACCGAUCCUUCUUGAAAUCGUCGAAUUCGGACCUCGUUGCGGUGCCCUGUCGCUCGUGCGUGGGUGCGAAUGUUUGAGCAUUGCAUCCAGCUGCGGCCGUGGGCCAGACUUCGGAAUUUCCGUGCCCAACGAUCGGUGUGACGGAGGUACGGAGAAGUGGGAGGAGGGGAAAUCGAGAGGAGAGGAGUGAGAGUUUUUCUCGUGGGAGGAGGAAGGGAGAGCUCUGUUGGGGCCCGGUGCGGGGUUUAGCACCUGAAUCAAACGAAUCGCAAGAGAGGUCAGGGACAGACAGACAAUGAUGGCUGUUCCUUCUUAUGGAGCGGUUCCGUGGUGGGAGCAGCAAGAUUGAUCAUUUGCCACCAUACCCAACUCCGCCUGCAUCGUGAUGCAAGGAAUUACUCCGUGGGUUUCGCAAAUUCACUCACAGGCGUUGGAGUAGGCCAGCGAAGGCGAAGGUUCCCAAGGAUGAUGAAUAGACUCGGACUCGAGAGGUUCAAAAAAGCGCAAUCAGCCGAGCCUUUUUCUGUCAAAGCCUCCUCUGCAACCCUCGUGCCGCCUCAACCCGACUUUCAAGUCCCACCGCAGCCGCAGGGUUUUACCGCUACUAGGGUCUCCGAUGCAUCUGCUCUUGCAGUGCCUGCAGUAGCAACUUCGACACUCGGAGCUGGAGGAUCGCAUUGGCAACCACCAGAUUGGGCUGUGGAUCCAAAAGCUGGUGUAUAUUGGCUGGACGUGCUCAAGGACGGGGAGGUGGUGGACAAAAUUUCUCUGGACAGAAGACGUUGCAUUUUCGGGCGACAGAGUGUUAUGUGCGACAUCGUCUUGGAUCAUCCAUCGGUGUCACGACAGCACGCGGCUAUUGUUCAACAUAAGAACGGCGGUAUAUAUGUCAUUGACCAGGGAUCGGUUCACGGAACGUUUGUAGCAAAUGAGCGCCUUACCAAGGACAACCCAGUUGAACUAGAAGUUGGCCAGUCAUUGCGGUUUGCUGCUUCAACACGGAUCUAUGUUCUCAGGAAGAGCGUACCUACACCUGUGGUACCUGUUCCACCACCAACAAAUAUUGUGAUUCCUCCUCCUCCUGAUGCUUCAGAUGAGGAAGCUGUGCUAGCCCAUAAUACUCUGCUGAACAGACUCGGAGUUCCCUGUCCGACCACACCUAUGCUGAGUACGUAUAGCACGCCCAGGAGACCAGGUAGUAGAUUUGGUACUGGGGCAGGAAAAGAAGACUACAAUGGAUCAGAGAGGCCGAACAAAAAACCGAGGAAAGCUCGUGUUUCUUUUCGUGAUGAUUACGGUGGAAUCCUUGUGGAAGUGGUUGGAAUAUCUGAUGGUGCGGAUGUGAGCACCGAGCCAGGUCCGAUCGGUGUGAGGGAAGGCAGUCUAGUGGGUAAAUAUGAGUCCCUGGUAAAAGUGACUGUAAUUCCGAAAGGUCACGAGGAUGCGAAGCCUAAAGCGGAAACAGGUUCCUCUCAGGGAGUUACGCAGAGGCUGAAGCAAUAUUUAGAGAAAGUCAAGGCUCCUGGUAAGGGUGGCCUUUAUGGAGAUAUAUACGGAGAGUCACUUACUGGGAUAGUUGGAGGGUCAUGGGCAAAUGCUCAAAAUGUAGUUGACAGUUCAAUGCCGGACGAACAGGCUGCAAGUAUGAUUGCCGAUGGUGUUCACAAGGAGAACAAGUCAAAAGCAACAGAGGACUUGCCAAGGGAUGCAAAUGCGAAAGCAAAGGCUGAUAUUGACGAAGAUCUUUUUGGUGAUGAAGAUGACAUGUUAGAUGCCGCUGCUCAAGAUGUAGAUUUGGAUAGAUGAUAUUCAAUUCAACAUCUGUGAGCAGAAUCUGUCGAACACUCGCAUUUUGCACGAAAAUUUAACUAAG